GCCAAGAGGGCGGGAGAAAGGGGGAGUGCGGGGGAGAAGGGAGCCGAGGCGGAAGUCGAGGGGCCCCCCGGGUGGAAGUGACGCUGCCCCCGCUGCCCAAAAUGUCGGCGCCCAGAGGGAGGUGUAAGUAAUUAAAGAGGAAAGCCGACUGACUUUCCCGGCCUCCCGGGGCCGCCCCAGGGCUCCAGAACCCCCGCUCCGUACGAGCGAGGUGGACUCGCCCGGCCGCGGGUCUCGCCUGACCUGCCCCCUCCCCGGGCGCCUGGGGCCGCACCUUUUAGGGACAGGAGGGAGGGGCACAAAAGGCCGGCUCUAGGGGCCUGGGUCCUUGAGCCGACUGAGGAGGGGGGGCCGGCCCCGCAGGCUACCGGGUGGGGAGGAGGCGGGGCUUAGUAACUGCUGGGGCGGAGCAAUGGCUGGGAGGAGCCUGAGCGGGCGUGGCUUAGACUGGAAGUGGGCGGGGCUUGUUAGAGGGAGCGGAGCUGUGGGUGCAAAGUGGGAGGGGCUUAGGCGAAGGGGUGGGGUUUGGUAAAGGGGCGUGGCUCAAAGAGAAUGGUAGGACGGCCCUUGGUUGAGGGUCUGAAUUGGGGCUGAGUGGGGAAAGGGGCUCGGGGCGAAGGUGGGAGGAGCUUAGAGUAGAAGGGGUGGAGCUUGUCUGGAGGUAUAGCUUAGAGAAAGUGGUGGGCAUAAUGAGGGAGUGGGUUAGGCGUGUGAUUUGGGGAGUUUUGGUGGAAAUAUCCUCUUUACACUGCAGGUGAAAUGUCUUAGACGAAAUGGGGCAGGACUCACAGGGACUGAGAAAGUGAGAGGGGUUAAGUGGAGGGGAUCUUGGAAAGGACUGAGCUUUGUUUAGAGGCUGGGUUGAAGGGAAAAGUUGAGUGGGGUUUUGGGGGCAGAUCUUAGUGAAGAGAUAGUGGGACUCCAAGAGGGAUCUCGGAGGAACUUCGCGGAUAGUAGUAAUCAAAACAGCCUACCUGUUGAGUCUGCUGUGCGCCCACCUAAGUAAGCACGCAGCACACAUUGCCACAAUUUUGCUUAGUCCUCACCACCACUCCAUGAGAGAGCCGCUGCCCUCGCGCCGCGCCACCAUGGAUGAGGCCCCGCUGCCAGCGCCCCCGGUCCCCGCCCCGGCCCCGGCCCCCGCGCCGCCCGCUGCCGCCCCCCGCGUGCCGUUUCACUGCAGUGAGUGUGGCAAGAGCUUCCGCUACCGCUCGGACCUGCGGCGCCACUUCGCCCGGCACACUGCGCUCAAACCCCACGCGUGUCCGCGCUGCGGCAAGGGCUUCAAGCACAGCUUCAACCUGGCCAACCACCUGCGCUCGCACACCGGCGAGCGGCCCUACCGCUGCUCCGCCUGCCCCAAGGGGUUCCGAGACUCCACCGGCCUGCUGCACCACCAGGUCGUCCACACUGGUGAGAAGCCCUACUGCUGCCUGGUCUGCGAGCUCCGCUUCUCCUCACGCUCCAGCCUGGGCCGCCACCUCAAGCGCCAGCACCGGGGGGUGCUCCCGUCCCCGCUGCAGCCCGGCCCAGGCCUGCCGGCCCUGAGCGCACCCUGCUCGGUCUGCUGCAACGUGGGGCCCUGCUCGGUGUGCGGGGGCUCGGGGACCGGCGGCGGAGAGGGCCCGGAGGGGGCAGGCGCGGGCCCGGGCAGCUGGGGGCUGGCGGAGGCGGCAGCUGCAGCGGCGGCCUCGCUGCCCCCAUUCGCCUGCGGCGCCUGCGCCAGGCGCUUCGACCACGGCCGCGAGCUGGCGGCCCACUGGGCAGCGCACACCGACGUGAAGCCCUUCAAGUGCCCGCGCUGCGAGCGCGACUUCAACGCCCCGGCGCUCCUGGAGCGGCACAAGCUGACGCACGACCUGCAGGGGCCCGGCGCGCCCCCCGCGCAGGCCUGGGCCUCGGGGGGCGCCGCCGCCGGGCCCGAGACAGCCGGCGAGGGGGGCGCAGCGGAGGCAGGGGACGCCCAACCGGCCUGGGACGGCGGGCCGCUCCGGGGCCGCGCGGGGGGCGGCGUGCCCGAGCUGGGGGCGCUGCUGCCCGAGGGCGGCGGGGAGGCCCCUGCGCCCGCGGCCGCGGCCGAGCCGUCGGAAGAUACCCUGUACCAGUGCGACUGCGGGACCUUCUUCGCGUCCGCGCCGGCGCUGGCCAGCCACCUGGAGGCGCACUCGGGCCCGGCCGCCUACGGCUGCGGCCACUGCGGGGCGCUGUACGCGGCCCUGGCGGCGCUGGAGGAGCACCGGCGCGCCAGCCACGGCGAGGGCGGCGGCGCGGAGGCGGCCGCGGCGGCCCCAGACGGGGAGCCCGCGCCCGGGGAGCCCGCGUCCGGCUCGGGCCGCGGCAAGAAGAUCUUCGGCUGCUCCGAGUGCGAGAAGCUGUUCCGCUCGCCGCGCGACCUGGAGCGGCACGUGCUGGUGCACACGGGCGAGAAGCCGUUCCCGUGCCUCGAGUGCGGCAAGUUCUUCCGCCACGAGUGCUACCUCAAGCGCCACCGGCUGCUGCACGGCACCGAGCGGCCCUUCCCCUGCCACAUCUGCGGCAAGGGCUUCAUCACGCUCAGCAACCUCUCUAGGCACCUGAAGCUGCACCGGGGCAUGGACUGACGCGGCCCCCCACGCCCCUUCCCCCGGGCUGGACGCAGGGCCGGCGCCAGGGGACCCCCCCAAAGCCAGACUCGGGCCCUCAGAUGAGGGGACCCCGGCUGGAGAGAUGGAGCCACCGAACCCCGACCCAGGCCCCUGAGCUGGGGGACAGCAAAUAAACAGAGACAGUCCUCACCUCGGGGCCCGGAUCUACGGGGAGACUCCUGAGCUUGAGGCCCCUGGAAUACGUGCUGUGCACCCCCAAAUCAACAGGCCCCUGAGCUGCGGGGACCUAGGAAUGAAAAACGGGUCUCCCCAAGUACUUCUCAUCUUGAGGGCCCUAAUAAUUACAGAUGGGCACCCCUCCCGCAAGGGAGGGCUGUCCCUCCCCCUGAGAGCCAUCAUUCCCAACGACCUUGAUCUGGAGAAUGUGGGGGACCAUGUCCCCGAGUUUCCCUGGAUCCCCUCCAAAUGCUACCCACCAGUCACUGGUGCCCCCAGAAAAUGGAUAUAGUCGGAAUCUGCCUUCCCCUCCCCCACGCCCCAUUUCAUUCCCUAUGCGGAAAGAGGACCAGGGUAGAUGCCCCCUGCCCUCAACGCCCCUUCCCAAUUAGGUCUCUCUCCCCUACUGCGGAAUGGAUAAACCCUAAUGAGCUUCCCCACCCUCAAACGCUAGAAUAGGCUGGUUGGAAAUCCCCCCGCCCAGUAGGAUGGACUGAUCCAGAUACACACACCCCUGUCCACUGGAAUAGGCUGGUCCAGGUUAGGGCCUGCACCACAUCCUCCUUAGAAUAUGGCAGACACUCCUCCCCUUCCUCUAGAGAGUGGACCGGUCCACAUCAUCCCCAUCCUGUGAACUCAUCUGAGUGGGAGGUGGAGGACAUUGGGGUUUCUCUCCCACUCUGCUGUAGCUCCUGUCGGUCUUUCUCUUCAUCUGUCAGUUCGUCUGUCUCUGUGUUCCUCCCAACCCCAAGGGGAAGGCCAUUUUGGCUAAAGGGUUCCUCCCUGUGAGCCUCGACCUCACCCCCUCGUCCCACUCCUCAAUGUCUCCAGGACCCCAAUAAACCUCGUCCUGUCUAUCA